AUGUUGGGGAGCCUGCUCCUUGUCUCCAUGUGUGUUGGGGCAGCAGCCAUGUUUGACAGCAAACAGCUGGACAACCACUGGGACCUGUGGAAGACAACACACGGGAAGAUAUACCAGGAUGAGGUGGAGAAUACACACCGCAGGAAAUUAUGGGAGAAGAACCUGAUGCUCAUCACCAUGCACAACCUGGAGGCCUCCAUGGGGCUUCACUCCUAUGAACUGGGCAUGAACUUCAUGGGAGACAUGGGUUCUUGUGGUUCCUGCUGGGCCUUCACUGCUGUCGGUGCCCUGGAGGGUCAGUUGGCCUUGAAAACAGGGAAGCUGGUAGACCUCAGCCCCCAAAACCUGGUGGACUGUGCAACUCAAUACGGCAACCACGGCUGCAACGGUGGCUUCUAUACAAAUGCCUUCAAUUACAUCAAGUACAAUGGUAUCGAGACUGAGGCUUCAUACCCAUACGAAGGAAAAGAAGGACAGUGCCACCACAACUCCAACAACAAUGUUGCAACAUGCUAUGAGUACAACUGCCUGCCUCAAGGGAACGAGGAUGUGAUGGAACUGGCAGUCUUCACCAUCGGACCCAUUGCAGUUGCGAUUGACGCAAAUCCAAAAGAAUUUCAAUUUUACAAGGGUGGAGUGUACGAUAACCCGAUGUGCACACAAGAGCUGAACCAUGGGGUCGUAGUUGUGGGCUACGGCACAGAGAACGGAAAAGACUACUGGCUGGUGAAGAACAGCUGGGGAACUGGUUAUGGAGAAGCGGGCUACGUCAAAAUGUCACGCAACAAGAACAACCAGUGUGGCAUCGCUCAGGUCCCCUGCUACCCCAUCAUGUAGCUGCAGAGGAAACCAAACUGAGUCUAUACAAACUUAAGUUUCCUUCCUACUUUUUUGCAUUUUCUUUCUUCUUCAUGUGAUCACUGAUACGCUUUAUCUUGUGCCUGUAUUUCUGAAUCUAUAAUAAAGAUUUUAUGAA